AUGGCGACGAACACAUACUACGACAGUAACCCUCCAAUGGCGCAGGAGCAGGAACAACAUCUUCUUGCACACUCUGCACCUCCAAGCGGGCAUCAACUACAACAACCGCCGCCCCUGAAAUCGCUACAUCUUGCAGCACACAUCGACUACCACCACGAUCAAGCCAGCUCUGAGAAGUUCGAAGACCUCCAGCACGCACAACAAGAAGAUGCACACAUUAAAGCGCACAUCCGCCGCUUCCGCAUCCUAUCCCGCACCCUGAGCUUCCUGAUCUCCAUCGGCGUCCUCGUCCCCAUCACCAUGACGCUGAUCAAAUUCCUGCACACGCGCGCCAUCCACCACGACGUAACCCGAGCCGACGGGACCACCAUUUCGCGCACGGCGUGGGCCAAGGACUCCAAAGCAUGGCCGACGUACCUGUAUUUCAGCACCGCCGCCGUCUCGGCACUGCUGGACUUCAGCACCCUCUUCAGCUACCGGUUCGGCGUCAGCAAGGCCAAUUCCGCUUCUUCCGUGGCUUCCGUCUUCAGCUGGGUCACUAUGCUGGGGAAUCUGGUCAUGUGGUGCGUCGCUGCGGGUGUGUAUCGUAAUGAGAAGGAUAAGCACGGGAAGAGUGAUGAUCUCUGGGGGUGGACGUGCAGUGCGGGUGCGAGGGCGAUACAAAAGGAGUUUGCUGGGGAGUUUGAUUUUAAUCGUUUUUGCGACGUGCAGAGUGCGAGUUGGUAUGUGGGGUUGGUGCAGGUUGCGGCGGGUUUGUUGACGUUGGUCGGGUAUGUGUUGGUGUGCAGGAGGGAGAGGAGUAAGAGGAGGUUGACGAGGUGGUUGGCCGCGGCAAGUUAG